CAACUACCUUCCGGAGGGCGAUUUCCUUUCCGAAGAAGUCGACCAGACUUUGAUGCUCGGAGUUCCUCGAGAUUGAAGAGCAGCCGCGUUACCAGCAUUUGUCCAGCAUGGGCCUCUCACCGUUGCAAUCACGCUCUAAUACACGCUUUCGGCCUGAUCAUCUCGAUACUCUUCUGGCGAAAGGGAGUCACAAAAAAUCGCUAAUACUAAUCAACCGUAGCACACAGCGUCUCAUUGUUCCUACUCGACCAUCCAUGUGGACCUUUGAAGUCUGGAAUUCAUCAAAGUCAGCGCUUCAUCGAAACGAAAAGUCCCAGAGUACAUACAAUUUGCAUACAGUAUGCUCGCCGUCAAGCACGGGGACGUACUUCAUAAUGAACUUCGAGAGCGGAUUACGCAAAAUUCGGUCCGCUUCACUCAUAACAAACUACUACUGCCCUCUUCAUCGUGGACCGGCUGAAGACUCCAUAUUGUUCAAUAACCUUCGCCAUGAUUCAUUCCUCGGUUUAUCCCGACAGAACUCUAAGAAGACCAUACUUUCCGGAUUGCCCCGGCUACUGGUGGGGUCACGAAAUUACGAAUGA